AUGCACAACACUCGUGGUAUUAGUGCCUUAGCGAAUCAACCUCUGAGCGCCUCAUCGGCACCCAUCGCGCAGGAAGUCGAAGUCGGAAUGGAACCCGUGGAGCGUCCGGAACCGCCUAUCGUCCAGUGCGGAUUGUAUGGCGUUGAGAUGUUGUCACGGGGGCCAUGCGUCAACCACGCCAUCAAUGUACUUGUCAUUGACGAUGUUAUGUGGAUAUGGUGGUACGACAGACAAGGCGCGAUCCAGACUCAAGGAAUCAACUUCGUUCAAGAUCUUCCGCGCUUUCUGAUCCUGCUCUUCGCGUUUCAGAGGUUCAAGCUCGAGGACUGGGGGUUCAACACCAUCCUAGACCCCCAGUCCGAGAUCGUCCAUGGUCUCAAGAAAGUUCAUAAAAGCAAUUGUUUCCUUCCAGAAUCGCAUUUCGUGUUUCCGCCACCUGAACUGUCCGUCAGCGCACCGGUUGAGACCACUGUCCUGACGAAAUCUCCAGUUUACCACGUAUAUAGCCUGGUGGGACGAGGCACAUCUGUUUUCAGUGGUACUGCGUGUACGAAGGCUCCUCCGACCAGAGGUUCUGGCAUACCUCAAGGCUCUGGCAAGGGACCCGUGGCUGUCGAUGAUAUAUCAUUCGCAACCCCUGACAAGGAUCAGGAAGUGGUAGUCAAGAUCUAUUGGCCGGAAGAAUCACGCUUGAGCGAAGGCCGCAUUAUCAGUGAGGCGUAUAAACGAGGGGAGGGCAAUCUAGAUAUCGUGGAACAUCUUCCGAAGAUGUACCUCGAGCACGACUUCCCUGAACAUUCGACAAACCAUAUCAGGGAUGCGCUUCGUCUGACGUGGCCUGAUGGACGGCGGGCUACUCGUAUCCUUCGGCUUGCCAUCUUCCUCAAAUUGGACCCUAUUAUCGCAUUGGGCGGGGAGGAGUUCAUGAAAGCAUAUCUGGAUUGCGUCCGCUGCCACUUUGCUCUUUGGACACUGGGUAUUCAACAUAGCGAUCUCAGCCUGUCAAAUGUGAUGAUCAAUGACCAGAAUCGUGGUAUCCUGAACGACUGGGAUCUCGCCACGAUCGAGGGAAUAUCAAAGCACGACGGGUGCGAUCGCACUGGGACCGUGCCAUUCAUGGCCUUAGAACUACUCAACAAGCGAUAUUGGGCCGGUAAGAUCAAGCGCCAAUAUCAUCACGACCUCGAAGGCUUCCUGUGGAUUUUGCCAUAUGUAUGCUUGCAGUACAAGGAUGGUAAUAUGGUCACGUAUCUGCUCGAGUCGUGGAACACGGACGAUUACACCAUCUGCAGAGAGAAAAAGAGCGAUUUCUUGAGGAAUCUCCGCACACAACCUCACCUGAUACCCAAGGCGACCUCUUCGUAUAAAUGGGAAUGGGUCAUAUUUGAUCAAUUUGUACAGCGCAUCGACAAUAAUUGGCAAUCACCACUUACCGAUGAGGCCAUAGCCGCAGCCAUCAAGGGAAAUAUGGAACUAGCAACAUCGGUACUUAACCCUGGCGAUGUUUAUGCAGAAUUUUGGGCUAGGAUAAAGAUGGCGGCAGAGGACGACAGCGGACACUUGUUGUAUCUAAAGAAGUAUGUGCCUGACGGCUUUUGAGCGGUUUCCUUCUUAGUGUCCUGGGCAUGAUGAUUGGUAUGAAGCUUGUGACUUGGAAGGCUGGCACGCACACCUGAUACUAUACCAUCCCCACAUCUUAUACUCCGUCUCAAAUAGGGUGCGGUUGAAGUAGAGUAUACUCGCUGUUACACAUAAAACUACGUUUUUUUCGG